AUGGCCAUUUCACAGCAGGGCAGCGGUGUCAGUGCGGCGCACGUCAAUAUGAUGACCGACACAAUCAUCGCCAAUCUCCCUGCAGAUGGCCUCCGAGUGGUAAUGAGGUCACUUUUGGUGUUGUUUCCAGGAAUAACACGCGAUUUUGAGCGCGAGACAAAAAAGUAUGUCGAGCAGAGGGGCUUGUCUUCAAUAGCAGGAAAAGACAAGAAGGUCUGCCUUCCGGAUCUCGCCAAGGCGCAACAGAUCGCCCGCAGUAUGCUUGGCUGUGGACUAUCGUUUAAGAGUCUACAGCUUUUCCAGAAUAUAGUUUCUCAAGGGACGAUUCUGCUUUCACGCAUCAGUGAUGGCAGUCUAGGCGAACUGCGCGCCUUUCUGACAAGCGUGGAUGGCGAUAUUGUGCAAGCCAUGACAGCCGUUCAGAAGUCUCUACUUAUAAAUACUGGCGCACGGCCCAUGGACAGCCGGGAGCAUUCUCUGGUUGAAGCUCUCUAUCAAUCAUUGACGAGCUGCCAUACUGCUCUGAAAGCGACAAACCAAGAAUAUCCAUUUAGUCGAAGCCUAGUCUCUACGGCCGGUAUCCUCGGGCUGCCUCGACCUGCUCUCCCAGAUGGGUACCAGAGUCUAAGUGAACAGACUUCCAUGAUUCCAUUGCCGCGAAUAGCGAGAGAAACAUUUCUGCUCAAUGGACACAAAGUCCCGCGAAUAUUCUCGGGACUAUGGCAGAUGUCCAGUCCCGCGUGGGGGGCUGCAUCGUCGGCCAAGAUUGUCGAGCAAUUCUCACAACAUGUUCGACAAGGAUUUACAGCCUUUGACAUGGCCGACCAUUAUGGUGAUGCCGAGGUUGUUUUCGGCCGCUUUUCAUCAUUGUAUCCUCAUAGAGAUGCAAUCUUCACAGCAACAAAGUAUUGCGUUUUCCACCCGAUGACGGUAACUCGAGACGCCGUACAAGCAAAUGUUACCGAACGAUGUUACAGAUUGCAGACUGAGAAGAUCAACCUACUGCAAUUCCAUUGGCAAUUUUAUCAAGAUCCGGAUUAUCUCAAUGCUCUCAGGUUCCUGACAGAGGAUACUCGCAUAGAGACGGUUGGUCUAUGCAAUUUUGAUACAAAGCAUCUCAUCGACGUGAUUGAAGCCGGUAUCAAAAUAUACACCAACCAAGUUCAGUUUUCUCUGGUCGACUCUCGACCUGUGUUUAAAAUGGGAAGCGUUUGUUUAAAGCACAACAUCAGACUCCUGACAUAUGGCACGCUGUGCGGUGGAUUUCUUGCCGACGAAUGGCUCGGAAAGCCCGAGCCAGAUAUAUACAAUGGGUCAAUCACCCCAAGCCAGCGAAAGUAUUUCGAAAUGAUACGCAGCUGGGGCGGCUGGGCUCUCUUCCAAGAAUUACUGACCGUGCUGCGCAUCAUUGCUUCGAGACAUCAAGUGUCCAUAUCCAACGUCGCUACUCGUUGGGUGUUGGACUUUCCCUUUGUUGGCGCGGUCAUCGUCGGUGCACGUAUGGGCAUAAGCGACCACACCGAUGAGAACUUGGCCAGUUUUGGCUGGUCGCUUGAUCAAUCAGAUCUCGAUAUGAUUGAAGCUGUCUUGAUGCGAAGUCGAAGAUCCGAGAUAUUCCAAGAUGUCGGUGACUGUGGAGCAGAAUAUCGUACCUGA